AUGUUGGAUGUAGAAAUUGAUCAUGCCACCAGAAUUAUUGAUGCACUAGCCUUUACAGACCAACAGGCCCAACAUGAUAGACAUUCAAUUCAAAGGAAGGGAGUUCUUGAACUUAAUAGCUCAGAUGCUAUCUUAGCCCAGAAUAAACUUAUAACGCAACAAAUUGAAGCAUUGAACCAGAAAAUAGAGAAAUUACCUCAACAAAUGCACACAGUACAAUCUAUUCUUAAUCAACAUAUGAGUUGUGAUGUGUGUGGAGGUGAUCAUGCAAAUGAACAAUGUUCUUAUCAAGGUAACAUUCAACAAGAAGAAGCUAAUUAUAUGGGUGCUCAAGGUAGUAGUCAAGGCAGACAAGGUAAUUUCCCUAAUCCCAACAAUUAUCAGAAUAAUGUUCACUACUAG